AUGGCUAAUUUGAAGUUUUACAAACCUAGCACUGCCAUGCUGCAGGCCUACAUGGUAAAUUUUAACGACCAAAGUUUAAGAGAAAAUGAUACUUGCUUCGGCGAAUAUCUGGAAACACGCCAAUUGAGCUUUGACAAUAUCUGCUCUGUUCUUAAGAAGCUGCUCACCAUUGAGGAUUUGAGCAAAAUGGAUGACUACACUCAACUCAUGCAGACGAAUGUAAGCGUUACGAGAGUAGACGGCGAACACUAUGAAAUUAAUCUUAGCCACACUGAAGUAUAUGCCAAAGAUGUCUUAAAACCCGACGUGGACGAGCUAGUACUUGUGCCAAAUGCAAGUCUGUUGGAAAUGCCAUUGCCCAAUCCGCUGAUCUUGGCACAGAUGCCGCAUAUACACGAAUCUCUCAAUCCAAGAGAUAAUAAGCGCCGUCAUGUGGGCAGCAUUGUACAAGUGAAUAACACAAGUGUUAUUUUUGAAUACUCAACAAUAGAUUUGAUAAAUUUAAACAAAAAAUGGAACAUUAUCUUUAGGUCCCCGCGCAUUCCGUUUCGCCUAAUGUACCACGCACUCGACCUGCUUAUGGUGUGUCGCACAGAGCGCAAUUAUUUGUUUGCUAUUCCUAAUUUAGCUAAUCAGCUUCACGAGUCCGACUGUUUUGAAGACUUUAAUCUGAUCAACACACAAAUCGCCACAAAUAGUGAACAGCUUCAGGCAGUAAAGCAGAUAGUUAAUGGACCUAACUCUCUGGCGCCAUACAUUGUAUUUGGACCACCAGGCACCGGAAAGACUACAACCAUUGUGGAGGCCGUUCUUCAAUUGUGCCUUUUACGCCCGAAGAGUCACAUAAUUGUCACGGCGGGCUCUAAUUCGGCCUGCGAUACGGUAGCUUUGAAGAUAUGUGAAUUAAUUGAGAAUAAUGUUAGAUUUGCCGAUCAAAAAAAAAAUGUGGUGCUGCGUGUUUUCUCGAGGAAAAGAUAUGAGCAAGGACUGGAAAAUGUGCAUCCUUUAGUGGUGAAAUACUCCAAUUGUGCAAAUGAUUAUAAGAACUUUAACAGUUUAAAGUUAAAAAAAUAUAGGAUCAUUGUGUCCACUUUGUGCCUAGUGGGCCUGUUGGCACUAAAUGAUUCAGAUGUCCAAUUUACGCAUGUUUUCAUUGACGAGGCGGCAGCAUCUACUGAACCAGAGACGCUGCUUGGCAUUGUUGGCGUUAAGAAUGCCGCAUGCCAUAUUAUACUCUCCGGUGAUCACAACCAAUUGGGCCCUUUUAUUGGUAGCCAGCGUGCAUCCAGCUUGGGCUUCGGUCAAUCUCUUUUGGAGCGUCUGAUGCUUAGCAGAUUGUACCAGUUGGAUGCCAGUGGCAACUAUGACCGGACACUACAAACGCGCUUACGUCGCAACUAUAGAUCCCAUCCGGAGAUCGUGGGACUCUUUAAUAAGCUCUAUUAUCAUGAUGAGCUCAUACCGUUGGCGCCAACAAUGAAGAUUAACAUGGCCGCCAAAUGGAAUCAGCUGGCCAAUGCCAAGUUUCCCAUAUUAUUCCACAACAUAUACGGAAAAACAUGUCGCAAGAUGCACUCGAGAAGUAGGUACAAUCAGCAAGAGGCCCAGGUGCUUAGCUGGUACGUCAGAAUUUUGCUAGGAAGGGGCAUCGGCGGUGGCUUGAGUGUGAAGCAGCAGGACAUUGGCGUUAUCACACCAUACUUGGCACAGUGUGAGCUGAUCAAGCAGAUAUUUAUCGAACGGGGUCUGUUCGAUGUGGAUGUGGGCACUGUUCAACGCUACCAGGGACGUGAGAAACCCAUUAUUGUUGUCUCCAUGGUUUCUUCAUAUACCAGCACAACUUUCGUAACUAAUCCUCGACUACUGAAUGUUAUACUCUCGCGAGCCAUGUCAUUAUUAAUAAUAAUUGGCAAUCCGGUAAGUCUGGGAGCAAGUAAGGACAUUCAGUACAUCAUCAACAAGUGCGAGUUGCAUGAAAACGUUUUGGGCAAGAAAAUUGACAACAAAACUAGUUUGCAAGGGUAA